UAAAAGCAUCAGUGCUGGAGGAGUCUGUGUUAACUUCAAAACCCUGGAGGAAAGAGGAAGUGGCCUCAAAGCAGCGGUCAAAAAUCAUAAUAAGGGGAAAGGGUCAAAGCCUCAUCCUCAGAAGAUGGAAGGCCGAGUGAAUCAUGGCAACAUUGAAAUGAUGGAAGAGAUGGGCCAAAACGGGACAGUAGGGUCAGUGGUCAUCACAACGGAGACCACCAAACAGAAACAUGGAGCCACCGUCAGCUUCCACAACAUCCAGUACAGCGUGAAGAUGAAGAGCGGGCCGGUCUGUAAGAGGAAGGUCCUCACAAAAGACAUCCUGCAGGACCUCAAUGGAAUCAUGAGACCUGGGCUAAAUGCUAUUUUAGGCCCUACAGGAAGCGGCAAGUCUUCGUUUCUGGACGUGCUUGCAGCCAGGAAGGACCCCUCAGGUCUGUCUGGUGAAGUCCUGAUCGAUGGUGCUUCACAACCACCCAAUUUCAAAUGUCUUUCUGGCUACGUUGUACAGGAUGAUGUGGUGAUGGGUACUCUGACAGUAAGGGAGAAUCUGUGUUUCUCAGCUGCGCUGCGUCUCUCCUCCUCCGUGAGCCAGAAGGAGAAGGAGGCCAGAGUUAACCACCUCAUCGCUGAGCUGGGCCUCAGCAAAGUGGCCGAUGCACGGGUGGGAACUCAGCUGAUUCGGGGAGUCUCUGGAGGAGAGCGGAAGAGAACAAACAUCGGUAUGGAGCUGAUCAUUGACCCGUCUGUGCUGUUCUUGGAUGAGCCAACCACCGGCCUGGAUGCAAGCACAGCCAACUCUGUGCUGCAUCUACUUAAACGAAUGGGCAAUAAUGGGCGUACUAUUAUCAUGUCCAUCCACCAGCCACGCUACUCCAUCUACCGGCUCUUUGACAGCCUCACACUGCUGGUCAGCGGCAAACAGGUUUACCAUGGGCCGGCCCGGAAGGCUCUGGACUACUUUGCCAACAUCGGUUAUGCCUGUGAAGCCCAUAAUAACCCAGCGGAUUUCUUCCUGGAUGUGAUUAAUGGAGACUCUGUGGCUGUUACUAUGGCCAAGUUGCAGAAUGCCGAAGAUAUAGAGUUUGAGGAGUCUGGAGACGCGAGGCAGAGCAUUGAAGAGCGUCUAGUGGAGCAGUACAGGAACAGCAGCUAUGCUCAAGACACCAAGGCUGAACUACAGCGCAUCAUCCAGGGCAAAGAGUACAGCGUCAGGCCCAAGUCUCGCACCAUCACCUACAACAGUGGCUUCUGCCAUCAGUUUAAAUGGGUUUUGAAAAGAACUUUCCGCAACCUGAUGCUGAACCCUCAGUCUUCUGUUGCACAGCUUGGAGUCACUGUCUUCCUGGCCCUCAUUGUUGGUGCCAUCUUCUUUAAAGUGAAGGACAACCAGAGUGGAAUACAGAACAGGUUUGGUGCUCUGUUCUUCAUCACAACCAAUCAGUGUUUCAACACUAUCUCAGCCGCAGAGCUCUUCAUCACAGAGAGGAAACUCUUCAUACAUGAGUACACCAGCGGCUACUACAGAGUCUCUGUCUACUUUCUGACUAAGAUCCUCUCUGACAUCAUCACCAUGCGCACAAUUCCUGCUGUACUCUUCACCUGCAUCUCCUAUUUUAUGAUUGGAUUUAAGCAGACGGCAGCAGCAUUCUUCAUCUUCAUGUUUACAGUGACCCUGGUGGCAUGCACAGCCACAGCUAUGACCAUGGCCAUCUCCGCUGACCAGUCUGUGGUGGCCGUGGCGAACAUCUUCAUGACCAUCACCUUCGUCUUUAUGAUGAUUUUCUCUGGUCUGCUGGUGAAUCUGGAGACUGUGGUGGCCUGGCUCAACUGGCUCAAGUACUUCAGUAUCCCACGCUAUGGACUUACAGCUUUGGAGAUAAAUGAAUUUGUGGGACUGAACUUCUGCAAAAACCUCACAGCUGAACUAGCCAACUACACACAGGGGAUCACGUGUACAGGCGAACAGCAUCUGACAUCCCAGGGAAUCGAUUACUCCACCUGGGGUUUAUGGCAGAACCACGUGGCCCUGAUCAUUAUGACCAUCCUUUUCCUCAUCAUCGCCUACAUCAAGCUCAGAUUCAUCCGCAAGUUCUCAUGAGUGUUCCGCUUGGUGUGUCUUUAAUGUGACCUCCUGGACAGUCAUUGCCCUAUGCAUGUGAUCUAGGCUGGACCAGUUAGGUGAGCUUGUUGGGGGUGGACUAAAAAAAUGCACUGAGCUCCUCCAGAAUAUUUGCACAUCUUGAUGCAAAAGCAAUCCAGAGUGCAAAAAUCAUCAGUGUUAUUCUUUCCCUCGAAAAAUGAAUUAAAUGAGAUGCUUCUGUAUAAGAGUUUCAACCUACUUUCAAUCUGUAACAAU